UUUGCGCAAUUCGACUUUUUGAACUUGAACGCGAGGAAGAUGCAUGAUUGGAUUUGACACUCCAGUUCCGCUCAAAUCUGUUUUUUAUUGUCUUCUGUCCCCUCUUAGUACCAAAAUGCAUUCUUUCAUCAUUCAAACCCAUUCAUUGAAAUCAAGACCCGCAAUAUACUUUCAUUCGGGUUUAUUAAAUUAGUUCCUUUACUGGUCUGAUUUCAGCUCUGUAUCAUUAUUUAGCUGAUUGCAAUAUCGUUAGCCGGCGAAACAUGUCUACUUUAUUUAUUCAGAAAUAUAUCAUCUAAAAGAUGUAUUUCUAAAUUGACUAUGCAUUAAAACUGUGUUCAGUCAUCAUCUUCAUGAGCAUCUCUUCACCAUGGCUGAUACUAAUUCAGAGACCAAAGAACCACUCAUGGCACUAUAUCCAUACCUACAUUAGCACCACUAUGGAUUGUGUCCAUUAACUACUCGGGUAAUCUACCGCUUCUUUCUUUGUUUGCUUAUUUAUCUCUCCAAUUAUGAAGAUAUCAACGCUUAUUGCCUUCUUCGUCCAACUCAUCGAGAUAUUCCUACAAGCCACUGCCCUUCGGCUCAAUUCACCCGCCGACUUCGCAUCCCGAGGAGCGUUCUCCUAUGACUCACCAAGUGAUGGAGUAGGGGGGACGAACAACGCCUACUACAGCUCCUAUGAGCAAUACAGUGGUCCCAAAUACAGAUUCAAGUGUUACGUGUGUGAAGAGAAGGAUCCGAACAGUGACUGUGUAAGAGGCAACAUGUUCCCAGAGGCAUACCCGGCCAUAGAUUGCGACGGAUACUGCUACGUAUUGAGCUACACUUUGCGUGGGAUUGACUCUCGGACCACACAGAGGUCAUGUGUCCCAAAAGACACAUGUGUGAGCAAGACCUAUAAUGAAAUGUGCCAGGGAAGCAUGGCGGAUUGCACCUUCAACUGCUGUGCCUCCGAGUACUGCAACUCAGCCCCCCACCCUCAUUCAACCCCCCUCCCGAUGAAACUGACUCUUCUCAUUCUGUGUUCAAUAGCUGUGCAGAAAAUAUUUUUGUAGUGGUCUAUUACAAACAAUCUAUCUCGAUGUUUUUUAUCUCUAAUCCCAA